GUAUUCAGCUUCUUCACUAGCAAUAAGAAUAUUUUCACUCGCCAAUAAAAUAUAGGGUAUCACCACAAACAUACGACGACGUCGUUUGCAAUUAAUCCCCCAAGGGCCACUAGACACAAAACGUAUUCGAGCAGGCCGAAACUCUUCCACUCUCCAUUUGCAGUCACUCACUACACGCUGCUCUCGAUCCGUUCAUCGUAUAAGCAGCUCUAGAGCGAGAUUUGAUCAGUUACGUGUGUUCUCUAUGGCGUCGGAAGCGAAGGAAUCACCAGCAAACAAUCCUGGCUUGACAACGAUUCGGGAUGAGGCUACAAAGGGGUAUAUCAUGCAGCAGACAAUGUUUCGGAUCAAGGACCCUAAGGCUAGUCUUGACUUCUACUCACGUGUGCUUGGAAUGUCAUUGCUGAAGAGGCUGGAUUUUUCUGAGAUGAAAUUUAGUUUGUACUUCCUGGGCUACGAGGAUACUUCAACAGCUCCAACCGAUCCAACUGAGAGAACGGUUUGGACCUUUGGUCGACCGGCAACAAUUGAACUGACUCACAACUGGGGUACAGAGAGUGAUACCGAGUUUAGAGGGUAUCAUAAUGGAAACUCCGAGCCUAAAGGAUUUGGGCAUAUUGGAGUUACGGUUGAUGAUGUGCACAAGGCAUGCGAGAGAUUUGAACAAUUGGGAGUAGAGUUUGUCAAGAAACCGAACGAUGGAAAGAUGAAGAAUAUAGCCUUCAUUAAGGAUCCUGAUGGCUACUGGAUCGAGAUCUUUGAUCUCAAGACUAUCGGGACAACAACUGUAAACGCAGCUUGAGAGUGUUCUUGUGCUCAUUCCACCUGAGUUUGCGUACAACUGAAGAUAUUUCCCGUCUCAACGAAUAAGAAAGACAACAUAUUUUUCGUUAUUAAUGUGGUAUGUUUCUUCAUAUGUACGAUGAGCUAAGUUAAAUAAAUACUCGUCAAUCUGAAUCAGUUUGAUGUCAUGAAUGAUGUUUGAAAUUGGUCUGUUUCCUGAUAUAUUUGAUAGUUGUUUGGUA